AUUUUACUACUUGUGGCAAUAGUGGCGUUGGCAGCUCCCAGUUACGGUCAAACCAAGACAGGCCUGCGCCGCAAACCAAAAAUCUACAAUGCCCUGAUAACCACCGAUGAAAAUCUCGUACAAAGUAGAGCCUAUCCGGUAAUACAGCCGACCAUACAUGAAUCUGGAAUUGCUCAUUAUGCACCCUUUGGUCCCUAUGGUCCAUAUACGGGUUACUAUAAUCCUCAUGUAGUAAGAUUUGGUCAACCGAUUGCACCGAAUUUAAUGCUUAAAGAACAGUUACCCUACCCUCUGCCAGUACCACAAUUUCCACCGCAAAUAAUGGGACAACCCUUGGGACCACAACCCCAACCAUAUCCUGGCUACCCAUUGCCACCAAAUACGCCGACAGAACAAAAACCUGCGGAUGACCAGACACCACCCACGGCAGCAGGACCUGAGCAAGCAGCAGCACCCACCGUACAACCACCCACAAUGCUAAUGCCAAAGGAUCCAAAACCUGAAGAUAAAAUGCCAUCGGAACAAUUACCCAUACCAUUGAAUCAAUAUGGUCUCCCACCCUCACUAAUUCCUCUUAGGCAACCCGGCCCAUAUCCUCAACCCGCUCCCGCACCUGGACAACCCCAAUCACCCUAUUUGCCGCCAUAUGGUUUCAAUCAAUUUCCACCACUCUACUAUAAAAAUCCACCCGUUUUAAGACAACAAUUCCUGCCACCCUAUGGAUAUUUGCCAACAGGACCACAAUUUCCACUGAGCAAUGCAAUUCCCAAGGAUGACAGUUAUCCUCCAAAAGCUCCAACUCCAGCUCCUCAAUUACCACCACCACCUGCUGCACCUCCCGCACCCCAACCACCUGCAACUGAAGCACCACCAGCAGCUCCCGAGCCACCAGUAACACCACCCCCACCUCCCUCACCACCCACAGACAAUGAACCAACCGCCACAAAUUUUGAAAAUAUUAAAAAUGGUUCCAAGAGUCCCGACAGCAAUGUACCCGAUGUUCCACCACCACCAAUACCAUCCGGUGCCAAAUCAAAACAAUCUUAAAUUCGAUUGUUUUUUGUCUUUUUUUUUUGUAAUUAUUUAGGGAAAUUUUCUUUGCGCUAAGU